UCAAGGCAGCACAGCGAAAAGGUCAAAUUAACUUCCAAGUCUUCAACGGAAGAAAAACGAAAGAGAGAAGAUUUAAAUGUUCUGGGGUUUCCCAACUCAUCUUUCUUCAUAAAGACUUCACCUUUCUAUUUCUCUCCCUUCCAAUUCAAUACCCUUUUGAUUCUUCUUCACCUUUGGCGCCACUGUUGCUCUGAAACUUUGAUGGGUUCUUUCUAAUUCCAACUCUCUUGGGGGUCUUUCUGGAGCUUCUGAGCUUUUUGACUUGAGGGGGCUCAAAGGUUUUGAUUUUCAAUGAAGCCUUUUGAAAAGAAUGAAGCUGAUUUGGAAGAUGGAAAGUUAGACAAAGACAGAGAUAAAACACCACGAAGUAAUAAGGUGGUCAAAAUACAAAACCAGGCCCUGUUGUCUGGUCUCGCAUAUUGCAUAUCUUCCUGCAGCAUGAUACUAGUUAACAAAUUUGUGCUUUCCAGCUAUGAUUUUAAUGCUGGAAUUUCUUUGAUGCUGUACCAGAACCUCAUCUCAGUGAUUAUUGUGUCUACAUUGAGUUUGCUGGGAAUAAUAUCAACGGAACCACUAACAUGGAGAUUGGUUAAGGUCUGGUUGCCUGUGAAUGUUAUAUUUGUUGGGAUGCUCAUUACAAGCAUGUUUAGCUUGAAGUACAUCAAUGUAGCGAUGGUCACAGUCCUGAAGAAUGUUACUAAUGUGAUCACUGCUGUUGGUGAAAUGUAUCUCUUUCAGAAGCACCAUGACAGCAGAGUAUGGACUGCUCUGUUUCUAAUGAUAAUUUCAGCAAUUUCGGGAGGGGUGACUGAUUUAUCUUUUCAUGCCGUCGGCUAUGCGUGGCAACUUACUAACUGUUUCUUAACUGCAUCUUAUUCUCUGACUCUGCGGAGGGUCAUGGAUACAGCAAAGCUUGUUACAAAAUCUGGAACAUUGAACGAGUUUUCUAUGGUCCUGCUAAAUAACUCCCUUUCUUUCCCCCUGGGGAUUCUGCUUAUUUUUCUUUUCAAUGAGGUUGAUUACCUCUUUACCACACCGCUUCUGAGAUUGCCAAGCUUCUGGUUGGUAAUAACACUAAGUGGAUUUUUGGGUCUGGCAAUCAGCUUCACUUCAAUGUGGUUUCUUCAUCAAACAGGUGCUACAACAUACAGCCUUGUAGGGUCACUGAAUAAGAUCCCUCUAUCCGUUGCCGGAAUUGUACUUUUCAAGGUCCCAACCAGUUUAGAGAACUCUGCGAGCAUAUUCUUUGGUCUUUUGGCGGGAGUAUUUUUCGCUAGAGCCAAAAUGCGAGAGAGAUCUCAAUCCUGAACUGCUUCAACUUGUUUGAAUUACUUAAUGAUGACCAUGUUUUGCAAUGGGAAAAACUGCAUUCUGCUUUAACAUCUCAUGCUUCAACUCUUGGAAAUCAUUUAGAUAUUCUCAUGAAGUCUUGUGAAGUAACUGAUAAACGCGCAAGGAAGAUUUUGCCUAUUCGGAUGUGCUGUGGUAUAGCUUCUGGGUAUCUGGUGGUGGGGAUGAAAGUUUCCUUUAACAUCAGCAGGCCUUUGAAGAAAUGUUGUAUUUUAUCAUAUGAAUACCUUAGUACCUUUCCACUAAUUUUUUCACCAAUUUGGAUUGUGCUGCAAUUCAUUCCUAUGUAUCAUCUUUUCUAGUCUUACUGAAACAAUAACUCUAAUUCAUCUGUGAAAUUACUAGGAAAAAAGAGCCUCGUGGUAAAUAGCAAUGAUGAAAAAUGGUCUUCCUUUA